UAUGUUGGUAUUAUGGUAACGCUUCGCCCUUCUUUGCCGAAACGGUCGAACCUACGCCGUCGUCGGGGCGCCAUUUUUCUUGUCGUUCGCCUCUGGAAGCGUAAGGACGCCAUUUGACGAAAUGGGGGACAGUCAGUACGGGAAUUAUAAUUCAGGUGCAGCCUCGUACGGGAGUUAUCCAGGAUACUCUCAAUCUGCGCCGGGAGGAGGCGGCGCAACAGGAGGCGCUCCUAAUUAUCCACCAUCCCAGAACUACGAUCAGAGUACUUACAAUCAACAAGGAUCAUGGGGUGGUCAGCAGAACUACGGCAGUUAUGGGACCAGUGGAGAUCAAUCGUCCUAUGGUCAACAAGGUGGAGGGAACUAUCCAUCAUAUGAUCAGUCGUCCAACUAUAACUCGAAUCCUCCACCACAAGGAGGCUACCAUCAGAACUACCAAUCCCAACCCCCUUCUUAUGAGCAGAAUAGUGGAGCUCCUGGGGGCACUGUUCAGUAUCCAAACUAUAGUCAGCAGUCUUCUGGUGGAUAUAGCCAGCAAUCUGGUUAUAGUAAUCAACAAGGCUACGGUGGGCAGAGUUAUGGAGGACCACCACCAUCUGGCGGUGGCGGUGGUGGUGGAGGUGGUGGAUAUGGAGGAUCAGGUGGUCGAGGUGGUGGCUACAAGUAAGUAGAAUUCUUAAUUUCUUACAUGGGUGUAAUGCAUGGCAGUAAUAUGGGAAUAGCAAAUUUUAAGACAAUGUCCAGAAAAUUUUACUUUCAUGAUCUUAUGAAAGAGUUCUUUCUUUAUAUAACUGGUGAAGUUAAUGUUAAAUUUUUGAAUUAAUGAAAACAAGGUAAAGAGUUUUGAAUAUCAUGAACAGUGAAGGUGUAAAAUGUUACUCUGAAUUUAUAUUUGUUUAACAAAGUCCAAAUGACAGAUGUGGUAAGGAGAUGUUAACAUGACAGAAAGGGUGAGUUUUACACCCAGAGAAUUCUGAACUUAAAUUUUGAAUGUGUUAAAUUAACAUUUUACAAUAUUGUUACUUAUAAAGGUUUUGGGUUAUAUUGUGUUAUGAAUCUGUGUAAUAUGUACUGGUGUUUUCUGAGUCUACAGGUGCUCUCACUAUGUUCUCUGUUCACAUUUGUCUACCCUGGUAAAAGUUAGAUAAUAGACUAAUAUAAAAAUAGGAAUUUUGAUACUCGGUAAAAAAAAAUUGAAAUAUUAAUUUUCAGUUAGGCUCAAUCUAUUUAUUUAUUUGUGUUCAAAAUAUUUAUUCUGCAUUUAAAAAAAUUCAGCAUGUAUGAUGUAUUAAGGGUGAACUUUUUAAGAUUAAAAGACUAGAAAUUUGUUGUAAGGUAUAGAGUGAAAAUGGCAGCUCAAGGUACUCUCGGUUAUGAGCAUUAUUUUAAAACAUUAAUGGUAUGGUUAAUAAAGCUGCCUCCCACCAUGGGAUACAACACGAUAAUAUCAGUAAACAUUGUGCCUUUUGAAAUGGCUCAUUUAUGUGAUUUAAAAUUGUGACCUGGUCAGACAAAUUUGUGUUAUUAAUUUCUUAUAAUACUACAGAGUUUUUCCGUGGUAAUAAAUUAUCCAGUGUUUGGCCAGGAUAAUAUUGAAAAAUAGGACCAUGGUACAUGUAUCACAGUUGGGAUGUGGGUUAUCCCUGAGUGAAAAUUGCAGCUGACAAAAACUUUGGUAACUUGAGUAUUGGGUUUGAAAUCUAGGGUGAACAGUAAUUACUUGUGUGUCUAUGUGCAUGUGGUCUACAUUUCCAUACAGACAGCCUAGUCAGCUGUAGGUAUGUCAGGAGGCAGGCUCCAGUGCCCCUGGUUCCUGGCCUUGCUCCUGCUUCCUUGGUCACUCUUUCCCUGCCCUGAGCCCUUGAGCCCUGCCCUGAAUCUAGCGUUGCCAGUGCUGCGCAUAUCAGGCCCUAAGCAGCCGGGGCCAGGGAAGGACCGUCCUCCACUGACUCGGAGCAAGUGAUCGACUCUCGUACUGAUUCAGUCUUUAUGCUUCUGUUAUAGCAGUGGCGGCAGGGGUGGUUAUAACAAAGGUAAAAGCACCGAGCUCAAGCUCCGGUGCCAUUUAUUUGUUUUAUUUUCAAUACCUGUUAUGUUAUAUGGUAUAAUCUCACUAGGGCUUGAUAAAAUAAAAGGGCAUCUUUCUCUGAAGCAAGAAAUACUGGAACUGCAAGAGAUAGUUAAAACAGAAUAAUCAUUGCAAUGUUAAUGUGUGGACUACUGAAGAUCUUGGGAGUAUUAAGUGUCAGUAAAAAUUGUUCCAGAGGUAUUUGCAACAGGAAAGUGCCCUAAUUUCAUUAAGGUUAAACUCUUAGAUUUGCUGAUGUUAGAGUGCUCAGAAUUGGAGAUCAUUAACUGGGAAGUUUCUUGGGGUAUAUUGGGAGAUUUAUGGUAAUAGCCCUGUAGGAUCAAGCUCUGGUGAGCAGUGUGGAUGUGAAAUUGCUGUUUGUUGUAGUUGCUUGGUUUUACAAAUCGACAUUUGUGAAACAGCCAUUUCUCAUCAGCUGUAUUCCUAUCCAUGCGAUUGUAUUGCCACCAUAAGCCCAUUGUAUUGAUAAGUGAAGUGUUCAGAUACCAAAGUAACCUCAACCCCAUGAUCAUAGGAUCUCAGACCCUUUAAGUCGAGACUUUCAGUACAUUUAAUCUGCUUCCUGAGGGCUGCAAAGAAAUUUUUAUGUAGAUGAGAGCAGUAAUGUCAGGAAGGUCACAGUGAUGUGCCUUUUAAGGUAUCAGGUGAUGUUCUCUGAACAUACAGUAUUGUGUACGUUGUCCUCGAGAGGGAAGAAACUUAGGCUGCCCAUCUGAAGAGGGCCAAAUGGUGUAUGGGUAGAUGAAUGGAGAAAGAUGGUAAAUUCUGCUGGAUGACGUGUAAAGAUGAAACUUAAUUGGUUAUGGUAAUGAUGCCCUGAAAUGGAAGGUUGUUCCAUAUUGCUUGUCUAUCCAUUCCAUCAUUCUCCUUCAUCCAGUUAAUUUUUUUUUUUUUUUUCCAAUGCAACUGUUGUAAACAUGCACUGAAAUUAUGCUUCUGAAAGUUUUUAAACAAAGGUGAAGUUGGUUCACAUAGUGAGAUGAAAAGUGUAUAUGGAAACUAGGUACUAGAUUGCUCUGGUCAAUUUGGAAAUGGCUGGGGUAUGUGAUGAUUGUCUGCACAGCUUUAGUCUGUUUCAUGACAUGGGGUUACUACACUAUGGUUGUCCACCAGAAAGGCAGGGAUACGUUUGUGUGGAAUGUGUGUGGCACAGCAGUUUUCCUGUGUGGUAUGCCCAAAUGGUGGACUUGGUAUCAAUCACUAUUUAGAAAUAUAUUGUCCUGUUACUAUUGUAGUAUUUACAAAUAUGCAAUGCAUGUCAGUAGUAAAACACUUUACCAGCAGAAAAAGCUAUGAAGUGUCAUUAACCAUUUCGGUCUGACUUGUACAUUUCAGUGUUAGUUUCUUUACAUUAAUGCAAAUUAAUUCAUAUUAAAAAUGGUUUGCUUGGGAAUUGUAUUUGUGGUAUUAAGAAUUCAAAAAGAGACCAAAAUGGUACACACCAUCAGUGUUAAAAACUUCACUUUUUUUGUUACUUAUAGAGUAAUGUUUGAGUAUUGGGAUUGUCUCCACUUUUAGUACAUAAUGUUUUAAAAACAGCCAGAGUUUAUGUUAGUUAAAUAUUUUCUUAUUAUAUAAUAAUUGGUUGAUUCUUACGUUAACAGCUUACUAAAAUAGUUACAACAAUUAACAUUGUAUGUGGGAAUAUUUGUCAUUGAAUCAACUGUGUAAUGAUUGCAGCCAUCUUUCUUAAACUCUGGUUGUGUUAUAGAGUAAAUUGGUUUUUUAAUAGUAAGCAACACCAAUGUGAAAAUUAACUUUUAAGACAAUGUUUUCCAAUAUUUUAAAAAAUUACUAUGAAAGUAUAAUAUUUAGACUUAUGAGUAGUUGUAUGAUACACUACCUUACAUUUUUUAAGACAGUUGAUGCUCUUUGUUCCAAUAAGCCAUGUGAAUAAGUACUAUUUAGGGAAAUAUAAAUAUUUUGUUAAUUACCCUGAAAUUGGUGGUUGCUUUCUAAAUUACUUGCACUUUAUUUCUAAGUUCAGUUUUUAGUGUUAUCUUUACUUCAAUGCCAACAAUACAUUCCAGGAUAUGGUGACCGGGGUGAUAUGAUCGUUCAAGAGGAUACAGUAUUUGUGUCUGGGAUGUCACCAGCUAUGACUGAGGAAGACAUUCAUCAACAUUUUGGUUCUAUUGGUGUCAUUAAGACUGACAGGAGAACUGGCAAACCGAAGAUCUGGAUGUACAAAGACAAGAUCACUGGAAAGCCGAAAGGGGAGGCAACAGUCACUUAUGAUGAUUCAAAUGCAGCCAGAUCUGCCAUUAAUUGGUUUGAUGGUAAGGACUUUAAAGGCUCCAUCAUCAAAGUUCAAAUGGCUCAACAUAAGAAUAAUUAUGCUGCUGGCCGCAGUGGGGGAAGAGGCGGUCGUGGUGGCAUGGACCGUGGCCGUGGUGGAGACGGAGGCCGUGGAGGUGGUGGUGGCGGCGGAGGAAGCCGUGGAGGAGACAGAGGAGGACCUGGAGGUGGUAAAGGGGGUUAGUUGUGUACAAGAACCUCAAUUCAAUAUUUUUUACAUUUUGUGACUUGAGGUCUAAUUAAUUUUUUUAAAAUAAUAGGAUCUGGGAAUGUAAUUUGCACUAAUGGACAAAGAAAACAAUUUUCAAUAUUGUUCAUUCCUUGCAGGAUUUGGCAGAGAUGGUGAUUGGAAAUGCCCUAACCCUGAGUGUGGUAACACCAAUUUCUCUUGGCGAACAGAAUGUAACAGAUGCAACCAGUCUCGACCAGAUGGUGUAGGUGGCGGUGAACCUGGUGGAGGUUUUCAUGGAGGCCGUGGUGGCAGAGGUGGUGGUGGCCGUGGAGGAAUGGAUAGAGGUGGCUUCAGAGGACGUGGAGGAGACAGGGGUGGUCGUGGCUUUGGAAGAGGUGGUAUGGACCGAGGUCGUGGACGUGGAGGACCCAUGCGUGGCGGGUAAAUUAUUUGUGAAGAUGCUUUUGCAUGCAGCUGUUCCAUCUAUCCUUGUAUUCACAAAUGUAUCAAUACUUUAGAUGUUAAGAUUAAACAAUUAUUAUUAUACAAUACUUGUGAAUUUUAUAUUACCUGCUUCAAAAAUGUGUGUGAAUAUAUUUUGUUGGGCUUUGAAAACGGUUUUAAGUGUUUGUUAGAUGGAACAACAGGCAUUUAUUGGAAUUGAUGAUUUUGGUUAAGUUGAAUUCUAACAUAUUAUGUUUUGUUUGAUUUGCAGUGAUCGUGGCCGGGAUCGCUCCAAACCGUAUUGAGUUUCUGAGCACAGUUUGUGACUUGCGUGCGUGUGUGCGAAAUUGAUAUCAGUAGAGUAACCAUUGACUAUUGUGGUACAGGAAUUAUUUUCUUUUGUCUGUUAAUUGUUUGAUUUAUUUUGUAUAUUGCAAUGUCUCUUAUGUUUUGUAUAAGUACUGUAUGGACGAUUUUAUCCUUGUCACAAAUAAAAAAAAUAUUCAUAAUGUCAAAA